UGUUGAUGACAAAGUCAGUAAUUUAACAAGUUCAACCACUUCUGAAACAUUCAGAGGUAUGGAAACCGAAAAAGUUCACCCAUCUCAUCCUGGCAUGAAUGGCAUGGUAUCCUCUAACAAGAUUUCAUCUAGAUCUAUAUCUAAUAAGUUCUGCUUAAAAAAUGGAUCAGAAAAGGAUAUGGUUAACCAAUUUGCUUCUGGGAUAAAUAACAUUCAAGAUAAUUUAAGCAAUGAUUACAAGUAUUAUAAAAAAAUGAAUGUAUAUUCUCCAGAUGGCCCAAUUGGAAAUCAUAAUAAUGGAAGAAUAAAAGAAUCAUCAAUGUAUAUUAUCAAAUAUCCAUUUUUGUACUAUCUGUUUUCAUUUGGUGCCAGUUUAGGAAAUGAAACUUUUUAUGUUUUAUUUUUUUCUUUUACUCUAUGGAAUUUUGAUAACUAUGUUAUAAGAAGAGUAUUGAUAGUUUGGGCUGUCAUCAUGUAUGCUGGACAAGCUGCAAAAGAUAUCAUUAGAUGGCCACGUCCCAAGUCACCACCAGUUAUUCGUCUUGAAGACCGCUAUGAGUUAGAAUUUGGCAUGCCAUCUACCCAUGCAAUGGUUGGAGUAGCAAUUCCAUUUAGCAUGCUUAUAUUCAUGUCUGGAAGAUAUGAGUUCUACUAUUUAAUAGGUGUAUUGGUUUCUGUUUUAUGGUGUGUACUAGUCAGCAUCAGUCGGCUUUAUCUAGGAAUGCAUAGUGUCCUAGAUGUUAUCGCUGGCCUUUUGUUUGCCUUUUUACUGAUGCUACUGACAGUUCCUUUUGUUGAAAUAGUGGACAAGUUUAUUUUAACUUAUUCCUUUUCUUUACCAAUUGUAGUUUUAAUUUGCAUUGUACUAUGUCUGUUAUAUCCAUCACAAGAAAGAUGGAACACAGCUCGUGGUGAUACUGUUCUAGUUCUGGGUGUUUUCUCUGGGAUCUAUGCUGGUCUGUGGUUAACUGUUCAUUUAACUGAGUUCACAGAACUGCCUCAUUUCUCACCAUAUGCACAAUCACUUCUUGGCCAAAUUGUUUUAGUUGCCAUUCGGCAGUUAGUUGGUGUUAUAAUUAUAAUAUUGUUUUUGACCAUUAUUAAGCUCUUCUUAUUAAAUAGCUUGUCUUGGUACUUUGGAUUUGACCCAAAAAAUCCUGUAACCAAGCACUAUUUUGCCAUAGAACUGCCUUACAAAUACAUCUCUUACUUUAUUUCUGGAGCAGCAGCCUCGUAUCUUGUGCCUUUAAUAUACUUGAAACUAAAUAUUGCUAGGCUUAACUACUAUUCAGAAAUUUUUCAUUAAGAAAAGUAAAAAAUGCACUAACCAAUUAGUCUUAAUUACUGUUUAUCAGCAGAUUUUAUAUAGCUCACACAAAUUUUAAAAAUGUAUUUACUGCCACAGAAUUAAAUACUUAAAAUUUAAAAACAUCAUUUUUUAAAAAGUUAAAUGAACUCCUUUUUUAAUAAUGCAAUAACUAAAAAUGUUAUAAUUGUGUUUUUAAAGCCAACCUAUUCUGUAAUUAAAAUUUAUUUUAUAAAUGUUUUCCUUUUUUAAAAACUUUUUUUUACUUUUAGUGCCUGCUUGAUCACUUACUUUUACAUUCUUUGAUAAUUUACCCUUGAUACCAUAUUUGCCUUAUUCGUAUUUAUGUGGUUGGGUAAGUUUUAAAGUUAUUGCAGCUGUGCAUGUCUUGGGGGUUUACCACCAAAUACAAAUGCUGAUUUACCGGUGCCAGUAGAUCUUUCUAGCCUAAUCAAAAAGGUCUUUGACUUAUUUGUUUUUAAUUGUAAUUUUAAAGUUAAAGGGAUGUUCUCCAUCAAAAUUAAGUAUUACAUGUCAACAUGUUAUGCAUCACAUCAUACAGCUGUUGACUUCAGCCCCUGCUUUUCUCUCUUGAUAUUUGUUUCUGUAGCCUUUGUCCACCCAAGAACAUUCUGAAAGGCAGCAGCUGUUUAAUUAGAAGGUUUCUUGCCUAAAUGGGCUACUGUCCCCAUCUAACAAGCCUCAUCUGCCAAGUGGAGGGGGGGGGGGUGAACUCAGAAAUUUUUGGGGUUAGCAAAAUUGAUGUGAUCAUGAUUAUUUUGAAAUGCAAUGAAUUUAGUUGUAGAUUCUAAAAUUUCUCUGAUAAAUAUCCUUAUAACCUACAUGUAAAUGGUUAACGUAAGUAUUGUAAGGAUAAGUAAGAACAUCAUAGCAAUUUGUGUUAAGCUUUGGGUGUCUGAUCGUACAAUUUGAUAACUAUAAAAACUAUAAACAAAGACAUUUCUUAUGUAUCAUCAAAUGCUUAAACAAAAUAACUUAUUGAAGUGAUUGUAGUUAUGUUUACAAUCCAAUAUCCUAAUCAGUUUGACAGUACUUGUUAAUCAUAAAGCAUUGAGCCUACAGUAAAGAGGCUGGUACAUUAUUUAAUAAUAUUUUCUCUCUAUUCUAUCAUGCAUUAUUAUUUAUUGUAUUAAUUUACUUUACUAUUCAGCUCAGGAGCUGACAAAGUUUUGUCAUUUAUUUUUUACAUCAACCUCCAUUUGUCACAAAAAGUCAAAUCCCUGUAAAUAUUUACACACCCCCUAAUCCCAGUUAAUCUAUUACUAGUACUAUUUACACUUUUUAAUUAUUCAUUUUUAUUGAGUUGUUUCCCUUGACUUAAUAAGAAAAGGCGGCUGGGGUAUUUACUACACAACUAAAUAAACAGCAAUGAUGUCUUGGCCUACAUUUAUACAUCCUAUAUUUUUUUUCAGUUCGUAAAAACGUUAUUUUUAUUAAAAAAAAAGCUACUUUGUGAAUUGCCAAAGUAAAAAGCCUCCCCCUAGACGCCUCUAAAAGUUAAAUAUUUGCUAUUGUUCACGUUUUACAGUGUUCUACUUAGAUUUUCACUACACUCUUUGCCUUUUUUUUGUAAGAAUACCUAUACUUUUUAAAAAUGCUUUGAUUUCUUUGUAUUAGAAACUUUAAAAUGGCUUUUUAAAAGAGCAAGACUCUCAAGCAGGCAGAUAGAAUGACAAUUUUAUAUGCUCCCGUGGUUCCUCUAAUUUUAGCUACUCAUAGGGAAAACAUGAUAAAUAUAUUAAGGGCUAAUUAAAGUAAAGGAUAACAUAUUACUUCUAAAUUUAUUUGGACUCAUAAUUUCAUUUAUAUGCUACAAUUUUACUUAAAAUUUUGUCCUAUUCAUAUUUUUUUUAUAGAUUUACAUACAAUAGUUUCAAGUCUAUAUGUGUAUUAAAAUUUAAAAGUGAUCUAGCAGUAACAUUUUUCAUUAUAAGCUGAGUGCAAUCAUUGUAAUUGUAUUAACAUAUUAAAUAAAUUUAUCCUAGAAGA